AUGGCUGCUCCGCCCAAGUUAACCCCAACCAUUACCGUUUUCAGAGGUUUUCCCGAAAAAGGCUGCUACACCUGGUCGCCGUUUGUCACUAAGCUCGAGGCCCGCUUACGCUUUGGUAAUAUCUGCUACCACGUCGAGGCAGGUUCACCCCCGAAAGGUCCUAGAGGGAAGAUACCCUACAUCACACUCGAGCACAAUGGCCAGUCUCAAUCUAUGUCCGACUCUACCCUGAUCGCAAAGUCAUUCAUUUCGUCUGGACACCUAGAGGAUCUCAAUGGCAGACUCUCCCCCGUGGAAAAAGCCCAGGAUCUUUCUCUCAAGGCCCUGCUAGAAGACAAGCUAUAUUUCUACCAAGGCCACGAGCGAUGGGUCAUGAACUACUACACCAUGCGCUCCAAGAUCCUAGGAAACACCCCCUGGCCUGUGCAGGUGAUUGUCGGCAACAUAAUCUACAACAAGAAUGUCCGCAACCAGCAGGGCCAAGGAACAGGCAGCUUCUCUACCGAGGAAAUUGCGACCUUCCGACAAGAAAUCUGGGAAUCUGUCAACGGGCUUUUAUCGGCUGCGCAAGCCCAGCAUCGGGACCGUGAAGGGCCGUUCUGGGUGUGGAGCGGCGAUGCCCCCACCGAGGCCGAUGCAGUGGUAUUUGGCUUUGUGGUAUCGGGUCUGGUUUGUGGAGCGGCCCCGGGGACCAAGCAGAUUGUGAAUAGUUACCCGGCGCUGGUAGAGUAUGCCCGGAGGAUCCAUGAGAAGUAUUUCCCGGAUUAUCAGCUUUGA